UGAACUCUGGGUUGAACAAUUAAAAUUCUUUGUUGCAGCAACUUAUCCCAUCUUAACUCGAGGAUUAUUAAAAUCAGCUUAGGUAUGAUUCCAAAUCCACUUUCACCUUAUCAUAUUACCAUAUUAGAUCUAAACAAUAUUUCGGCAAUUAAUUACCUUAUUUAGAUAAUAGCAAUUUUUGAGUACACUCCUUAAUAUGAAACCACUGUUAUUUCCACACUUAUACCAAUAAGUUCCAGAGAAUGCCAAUAGAACCCUUUAACCACAAGAUCUGUUUAAUGGCAAUUUUGGUAAGAUAUCAUCAAGUUCGCAAACCACUAUCAUCUAAUGACCUUAUAGUUUUAAAUUUACUAUGUUCUAUUAUAGGUUUUGGGGGUGCAUUAAAUGCAUUAGAUUAUACGAAGCUUUUAUAGAAAAGCCUUUAGAUGACUAAUCCAUCUUCUUUGAAUCCGUUCAUGUCUAAUCAAUUGAUCUGCUAGAUGGGUUUAGGGAAUUAAAAGAAAACUAAUACUUUUAAUAAUCCCAUUACUGUUGAGGACGAUGAACCAUAGUAAUUUUAGAAAUGUCACAAUUAAAAAUGCAAUAAUAAGGGUGAUCGAAAAGCCAAAUCAAGAAAAGGAGAGGCUCUCUAAUUUUGUGAGAAAUGUUUGAGAUUAUACAAUCGUGGAAAUUAUUGCGAUUUUUGUGAAUAGGUAUUAAGAAUUAUUAUAAAUUCCAACAGGUAUAUUCAAAUGGUACUAAUGACUAAGAUGAAUAGGAGUGGAUCUAAUGCGAUGCUUGUGAAAAAUGGGUAAGCUAUUGAAUUAUUUGAAAGAAUCAUUUAAAUUGUGAAGCUAAAUUUAGGAAUCAAAACAUCAAAGAAGAAACUGAAAAUAAAGUAUAUCAUUGUUUGAAUUGUUCUAAAACCAUUAAGAAACAAUAGCAAAAUUCUCAAACCUAAAAGAAAUAAGAGAAGUCCACAGAAGAAUACCAACCAAAAUAAAGACAAGUUGUUGAAUGCGAUGAUAAUAGAAUGAGAGAAAAAAAUAUUAACUUCGUUGCCACAAGAGAUAAUAAAAUUGUAUUUAGUAAAUUUCUAAAUUUUAUGAAAUUUAUCAGCUUUUAGAUUUAAUCUUUAUGAGGAUGAAAUUAAGCAAGACUUAGAUAGUCUACGGAAUGCAGGCAAGAAAAUGGUUAAGAAAUAGAAUUUAGUGGAUUCUCCCAUCAUGAAAAUAAAUUCUACACCUUAAUAAUAAUAAUAGUAAUAAUAAUAACAGUAAUAAUAAUAAUAACAAGAGGAAAAGGUAAUUCUUAUUUCUUAAAAUUAGAAUUCUGAAUUUCAGGUGAAUAGCAGACUUAGAACAAGACCUAAUAAUAAGAAUAAAGUAAACUAUAGAUAUUUAGGGGGUGAAUGA